UCCUUGUCAACUAAGCUUCUUCACUCUCCACUCCAUAAUAUCAACUUCAUAUCCACUCCAUAACUUCAUCGUACACAAUUAGAAAGAACAAAUCAGACAUGCCUCCACAAACAUAAAGAAGAUUAGUUGUUUAAUGAAGAUAUAUUGUUUAGAUCUUCAGAUCUGUUCAUUUGAGAUCUUCAGAUGACUGCCUCUGCUUCUUCCUCGUGUCAGAUCUUCAGAUAUGUUCAUUUGAGAUGAUUUUGAUGGUGUUAGAGGAGGUUGAGGUCCCCUUAACCUGCCUUCUCCUUCAUGUUUCUGCUCCUCCUCCUUGCUUCAUCUCUUUGGCAGGUGUUUCGGAGAAGAUCUGAGAAUCCUAUUGCGAUCGUCCCGUGGUUCAGUCUCGUGAAGCUCGAAGGCGAGGAAUACUCUAUUUGGGCUCCCUUUCAGCUUGCUUCCGGAUGCUCGUGUUUUUGCUGUGAAGGUUGUGCCUCUUUCAUCGGGUGGCUUAGGGUUUGAACGGUAGAGACAGCUCUUCGCUGGAUGUCUUGCGCCUCUUCCCGUCGGCGGUGGAAUGGUUCUCUCCUUUUGCGGCGGCUGCUCUUCAUCUGCCGGGGUUGAUUAGGUUUAGGGUUUUUCAUUUUAUGCUCCUGUGUUGGGCCUCGUCUUGCACGGAUUUGUUUUGUUUUGAAGGACCGAGCCCAAAUGUAAUUUUUCCUUCCUUGGGGUCUAGGCCCAAGAUAUGUUCACCUUGGUUGUUUCAUUUAAUGAAAGCCCACAAUUUAAAAAAAAUAAAAGAAAAGAUAAAUUCAGUCAGUCAGAUCAUGCCUCUCCAAUCCAUUACCUAAUUUGGCUAAUUUAACUGAUUGGUUAAAAGUAAAAACUUGAAGAGAGAUGUUUUACUCAAUUGGGUGGGCUUGGCCAACCGUUAUUGAGCAAAACGCACACGUACUGUUACGGCGGCUGUAGGGGUUGGAUCAGCGGUUUACCUAUGAAUACAGUCGAAAGAGAUACUUGUUGAGAGCGUUUCCCUUAUGCUUCUGCCUCCCAGCCUCCCUCGCCUCACGAGUCCCAUCUGAACCAAUCAAUCCUUUGUUCUUUGAAGCCUCCUCAAUGAUGGAUUAAGUUUUGGAUCGGUGCUGGUUCAGUUUCUUCAGCUUCCCUGCAGCAGCCAAUUUGCGUUGGGAAGGAUUGGGAUCCAUCUGAUACGGACGGAAGAAAGGAUUGCGCCGAUCUGGUGGAUAUCUUCUCUAUUGGUUUACAUUCAUCCUAAAGUACCCCCCCCCCCCCCCUUGCUCUUGAGGAUUAUUGAUUCACUCUUGUGUUGAUUAGAUCCAAAGAUGUGAAGAAGGUGAAUUAACUGAAUGAAUCCAAUAUGAUGGAUCUGGUUAUCCUCUUGAGGAUAAAGGUUUGUCCAUUUCUCCUUUUGAAGAGUCUCCCUUCUAUAUUGUUUCUGUCUUUCUGGGGUGAUUAAGGCGUUAUUAAUCAUUCAGUCUUUCUGGGGUGAUUAAGGCGUUGACUUCAUCCAAUCUCUAAUGGGGUUUAUGUUGUUUCUGUCUUUCUGGGGUGAUUAAGGCGUUGAUUUCAUCCAAUCUCCAAAAAGCUGGCUCUUAGGCCUUUUAGUAAUCAUUCAGGUUGGCUCAGAUCUGGGUUUGUUUUGUUUUGACAAUAUAGCCAAAGGCUUCAUUUGACACAUGUUUCUUCUUAUUUAUCAGAAGGGGGGUGGGGGGAUUGAUAUUGGGAUGAUAUGUUAUUUUUGCAGACUCCAGAAAUCAAGAAGACUCUACUGCCAGCGGCAAUCCGGGAGAUGUGCAGCAUUGCAUUUCGAUGAGUGUUGCAGUCUAUGACAGCUUGUAGCAAUCAUGGAUCAAUAGCAUAAGACUGACUGCAGGCUAAAAUCCUCCGAGCAACCGUGGGAGGUGUUAUCGAGAUUCAAAUGGGCUUACAUGGUUUAUGACUGGUUUCUUGCCUUGCAGGCUUGCCAGCAAAUCUAUGGCUGUGUUUUUUGGGAACAGGAAAUAAUGGGCACAAGAGAAUUGUGGUAUGUUUGAUGAAGUCAUAUCAUAGCUACUGAGGGCAGAUAGCUCGCAUCAAGAUUCCAGUGAAGGGUCAAUCAUAGCUUAAAACAAAUAAGGCUUGGCAUUUCAUAACAAACACAAGGCUCAACCUUUAUAACUCCCUUAAAAGAGAAAUGGCAUUCAGAAAGAAAGAGCAUCACCUGAGAAGGAAACUGAGCUUAGUUUCUAAGGACGGACAGCGUUUGCCUUCUCAUCCAUCUCCCGAGAAAGCUGCAAUAUGCCGCCAGUACAUUACUGCAACAUACAUGCAUAAAGUUAAGUGUAAAAUCAGGCUCGGUUUUUCAUACAUCAGCAGAAACAACUGGAGGUUUAGGUCUGAAGCAAAGAAGUCUGGCCUCUCUUGUGGAGUAGCCCGAGCUACAUGUUCAAAGCAACCCUUGGCUCUAUCUCGAUCAUGCUGGAUCUCUCUCACCAGUUUGGCUUGAACUACUACACUGAACUGAUCUUGAUGUGCUGCUUUCAGUGCUGGUGGGUGCCUUAUUGUCCAAUCCAUAGGGAUUUUUCAGCAAACUCAGCUUGGCUGAACGAAGGCAUCAAUGCAUCAAACCGCUUAACAAGGAAUGACGACUCUGGUGAAGGGCUUCUUUGGCAGAGAGAUAGGGUCUCUGCAUGCAUGGCUUAGGCUUGAGAAGAUUGUUCUCCAGUGAGUAUCGCUACAGAGGGCUUGUAAGUAUCUUUUCAUGAAGGCAUAUCAUAUCCUAGUGAAGCAGAUGGGUAAUGUCAUUUUUUCGAUGAACAAGUUCAGACGAGCUCGUUUCCAGUAUGUUUGAAGAGUUCUGUGUUGUGGUUUGUUUUUCAGGAGGGAUGAUAGUUUCUCUCCCGUUCUAGCCUCAAAUGGUCUAAUUCUGAGUUCAUGUUGGGAGAUUCAGUCAAGCUCGGAAGAAUCUCAAAGGCAUUCAGUAGAAAUUGAGGAACAAUUCUUCAGGUAAUAUAUCUUAUUUUAGUGGUCCAAAAUUGAGAUUUUGUGCUUUGAUUGAUGUGCCGAUGAUUAGAAAGGUGAUUAGUUUGCUCUCUUUCUCUUUUAUCUUUCAUUUAAUAAAAAAAACGUUUUCCUCCUUGGGCUCUUUCUCCGAAACCGACCCCAAGUUCCUUGAAGACUAACUCACCCUGUAGUCUUUUUUCUUACGGUAACUCACCCUAUAGUCCUCGACCAAAAGGAAGUUUGGUAAAACGAUUAUUCCUCACCGUGAAACAACAGUAUUUGCUUCAUCGCCCUAAUUUUGUUAAGAUACUAGAUCUUUUUAUUUUAUUUAAGUAAUCACGAUACAAUAAAUGUGUUACUAGAUUACAUGAUUGGUUAUUUGAACUUGUGAGGUUGCGUAAAAUAGUUUUGAUUAGAUGUGAACAAAUGAACUUUUUAUGUGAACUUUUUAUGUGAAGAUAAAUAAAUAUGUGUGGUUAAUUAAUAAAUUAUAUGAAAAUAUUAAUUAGGUGCCUUAGUGGUGGUACAUUUGUUUUUCUCAAAGUCGACCACAUUGAAAAAUCAAAAAUUAAAUUAGAGGGUUGUUUGGUUUUAGUGAUAGUUAAAUUGAUGCAUUGUGAUCAAUUCAUGUGUAAUGUUAUACAUGUAAUUUAGGAAAUUCAUGUAUUGCCGUUUACAUCGUUUGAUUUUGUGAUAGCUAUUGUAGUAUUUAAAUAACUUAGAUUACUUUCCGGUUAAAUUUCAAUUUUACAAUAAAAAACAACAUGUAUAAAAGGUUAGGGAUUUAGUUAGGAAAAAAACCAACAACAUAUAUAUAUAUAAGCAAGUUAAUAACGCAAUAUAAUUUAACAUAUUGUUUAGUAUAAAUGAAUUUCAUAAGUUUUGAGAAUAAAUGAGAUUUUGAGUUAAAUUGGAAGCUCUACCCUACGAAAAGUCAGUUUAUGACCCAUAGUUUUUUGGACUAGCCCAACCAAUGGUCCAUCCCAGAAGAAUGAGCCAUCUCCUCCAUUCCUAUUCCUGUUUAGUAACCCUACAGCUCCUACAGCUCAAAACCUUCCUCCAGCUCCUACAGCUCAAAACCUUCCUCCAGCUCCUACAGCUCAAAACCUUCCUCUGGUCAGUUUCUUGUUCUGGGUAUGAUUUGAAGAGUGGAUCUGGUGAGUUUCUUGUUCUGCGCCCUUAUUCCUUUUCUUCUAAUUCCCUAUUUUGUUGUCCAGAAAUCAAAAAACAGAGAUUCAGUAUCCAGAAUGUCUGGUCAACGAAGUUAUGCGCAUGCAGCAGCCCAAUCUCUCCGUCAGGCACACCCAGGUUUAUCAGUGAGACACAUAACUCAUAGAAGAAAUCCCAGAUCAUUCCCGAAUGGUAUUGAGUGUUACAGAGCCCAUUUUCGAGGUUAUGGGUGGAUCCAAAUACGAAGCGUACCGAAAAUGAACAAUGAACUUGUCAAGUCCGAGGAUCUUAGUCUCCAGAGAUCGAAGCUUUACGAUCGGGCGGUCACCGGUAUAUGUAGGUUUGUCGAGGGUGAAAAAGUGCUUUAUGUUUACCAAGGUUUUGAUUGUGAUUUAGAAGAGUACGUCAAAACAUUGCUAUCGAAUGGACAGUCCUUAGCUAAUGAAGAUUGUCUACGAGUCGUGAGGCACACAUUGAGGGCACUCCAUGAGCUUCAUCAGGAACACGAAGUUUCACACGGCAAUCUGACUUGGAAGAGGGCUGAUCCUAGUGGCCCUCUCAAUGUCGUUGUUGAGAACAUGAACAACCCUGAGGAGAUCAUUGUUAAACUAAUUGGAUUGGGAAACUCUACCAGGGAGAAACAGAAUGAUUGUGUACACUUAGCAACCAUCAUAGAGAGUUUGGUUGCGGAGAAUAUAGUUGCCAGUCAUUGGCUCUUCUCCGUGACAGGAUCCCUCCAUAAGCAUGGAGUUCGGAACCUCCACAACUCCAUCCUUUUUUUGAAAGGCCAACAGGGGAUGGCAUAUUUGAGCCAGGCGGGUAGGCAAGUUGCUGACAGGAGGCUUGAUCAGCAUAUUGAUGAUCAAUUGAUGAAUAGGAAUGCGAAUUAUACUAUGGCAAGUGGAUGGAUAGGUCAGGUGCAGGGGAAUGCAUUUUUCAAGCAAGUGCUCAACAAUCAGAAUCCUCGGCAAAGCGGUGCAGGCUUUUUAUGGUUCUGUAGAGGCCUAUCAUCACAUGCUCAAAAACAUAAUCGUAACAAUCGAUAUCCAGUUCAACAGCAGUGGGUUGAUCUAUAUAAUAUGUGGCCUGAGUUUUUUAACAUCUUGCAUGAGAUUUUGGUGAUAGAAGCUGUCUACGCCUAUGAAUCAGAAGUGCCUAGCGACUCUAUUCUUGAAAUCCCUGUCCCUCAUCCUGAUGUGUAGAAGCUGAAGCUGCUGUAACGGAGUGCACUUUUCUUCCAGGGAUAUUCAUGUUUAGGAUUGGACUUUGUUAUUAAACGAAUUGGGGGAAUUAGUGUAAUUGAAUUUGAGAAGUGUGAUCUCUUUUGCUUACAUGUGGCUUGUUCUAUUACAUUCAUGUAGUCAAGAUGUUUUGUUCCGUGUGGCUGAGGAAUGUAUGCGGAUUGUAGUGAAAUAUCUUGUUUGUGUUUCUGCAAGUGUAUGUGUGUUCGCCAACUUGGGUGGUGGUGCUUCGAGAUCAGACGUGUAUACAUCUCUCAAACAGAGAAUGCCUUCUGUUUUCUUAACUUUUCAGUCUUUAUUUUUAUUUUCUCAUGUUUGAGUCAUUGAAUGAUAGAGCAUGAAGAUAAACAGGUACCUCAAGUUCUGACUUGUCCCUAAUGGUAGCAACUUUUGUGUGAUAUAGGGCACCGAGGAUGUUGCUGGCCACUGGUCUCCUGUAAACGAAUGUGUUGUACUAGCCGUUUGAUUUCAUUAUUAUCAGCUAGGUUGGAUGGAUGUUGCUGUUUCAUGAUUUAUCUGCAGGAUGAAUUUGCUCACUGGUUGCCACAAAAGGUUGGUUGGUUUUUAUUCCCUCCAUUUCUUUUGCAAGGAGCUGUUCCUUGUAACAUACAGAAUUUGGGGAGAAUUUGCUGGCCACUAUGUUUGCAGAAACCAACUAACCAAAUACAUAAUUCAUAGUACAACAUGGUAAAACACUUACCAUUGACAAAUCCUUGCAGCAUACAGAUUUCAAUUGUUAGAAUUGGAAUACCAUUGUGAUACUGUAAAACAUACUUCAAGUCUUUGCUUUUCUCCUACAAACAUUGUUGGAGAAAUGGCAUUCAUUCAUUCUAUUCUUCAUCAGAGUCGUGUCUCCUUCUCUUCUUCUUCCUGUCUUUGUCCUUGUCUUCCCUGUGGUGUUUCCUCUUGUCAUCUGAAGAAUCCCGGGUAUGCCUCUUCUCGUGUCUUCUAUGUUUCUCCUCCUCCUUUUCUUGCUUCUUCUCCCCAUGCCUCCUACUCUCUUUCUGUUCGAUUUCAUCCUUUGUUUCGACUUCUUCUGGGACCUCGGGUGAUGGAUUGGGCAUAUCGACCUUUGGGGGCUCGGAUGCAACAUCCGUCCCGAAGGAUGGAAGGGUUGAGGGGUCUUCCCAAGGACGGGGUGCCCUGAAACAUUAAACAUAAAAAUACCAAGUUAACAGACGAGUAGUCUGAUGAAACAUCUUGAUCAGUAAAAUAGAAGAACUCGUCAUCAAUCCGUACCAACGAAACUGAAUUAAUCUUUAAAAUAUGUGGGAGAAAGUCACUAAAGUACUCCUAUACCUAAAAAAAUGCUACUUACAACAGUGAACAAAUUAAAGGUGCACUCCCAAGCUGUCACCAUAGUAUUAAAAGAAUGUUUAAUCA